CUAUAAUCCGCGGCGGUGGUUAUCUUGCUUUUCAACCAGGCAGCCCACCGUAGCUUCUUUUCUUACACAUAACAGAAACCACUGAAGCCCUUCAUUCGUCACCACUACGACCCAUGUCACUACACUGGAGAUAUCAGUAGUUUUUGCUAACACAUAAUAUCUUGAUUGACGAAAAUACACCACUAUACUAGCAAGUAUGCCGCAAUUAACGCCAGCACAACCACGCUUUAUCCGUAGCCCUAGCCUUCCACAAGACUACCUUCCAUUCACUGAGCAUUCAGAGACUCUGGUGCAGGAAGCGUUAGUACACAUCCUUGUCGAGACUCCUCCCCGAGAACUCUAUACACGUGACGAAUGUCGUGGUCUCUUCCGUGGUCCAACGGCGCUAGCAUACUUGCUACUUAGGAUACACGCUGUAUAUCCCGCCAUGAGAAUUCAUGGGCAAUCUCUUCAGCAUUGGGUUGAUUCUUACAUGGCCCCUCAGCGCACCGGAGGCAAUUCGGCCCCGUGCGGCCUCGCGUGUGAAAGUGCGGGGUACUAUGCUGUGAAGACCAUAUUAGACGAAACGGAAGCACCAAAAUUCCGCGAAGAGCUAGAAAGACUUGUUGAGGAAGACAACCAUCCCUAUGAGCUUCUUUUUGGGUUCGCCGGACUACUCUAUAUGGUUCGCGCUGUAGAACUUUCGAGACCAGAAACAGCCUCUCUUCUGGCCACUGCCAAAGCCCGAAUUAUAGAAAGGAUUCUAGGCGCAGGGCCGGGUUGGACCUGGCGUGGAAAACGCUACAUUGGUGCCGUGCACGGUGACGUCGGUAUCUUGACUCAGCUUCUUCUGACAGAUUCGAAGUUGGCAAAGAAAUCUAUGGUGCGGAAUUCCCUGCAGAGGCUCCUGAGCUUACAGCACCAAAGCGGAAACUGGCCCACAGAAGACACUGAUCAUGGCUACCAUGAGCUCGUGCAAUUCUGUCACGGCGCGCCUGGUUUCGUUUCAUCGCUUUUGCAGAUUGGACAGUUUUUUCCAGACAUGAAUGAGCAAAUUGAAAACGCAAUUGCGUUGGGCAGAAGGUGCAUUUGGCAGCAAGGCUUGUUAAAAAAAGAACCUUGCCUGUGUCACGGUCUUUUGGGCAAUUCUUUCGGACUCCCCUCUGGUACGGAAAGGAAUCAUUUUCUGGCAUGGUCCUUGCCAUCAAAAGUUGAAGAAGAACGUCAACGGGAUGGGUUGAAUUUCUCGCCAGAGGACGGCAAGCGGAUGUGCAUCUGGUUCAAUUAUUGGCCAAGUGCAGCUUGGACGUGGACAGUUUGUGAGGCAGAUGCUCCAGGAGUCAUUCUGUACAGCGAUGUUUAGUCGUUCAAUCCGGAGUGGAUACAACAAUAACUCUUUGCUUUAUUGACAGUCUUGUUGGUCAAAAUAGUAACUCGAGACAGCCGAUUCAUUGCCCCAAAUGUUCCAAAUGUUGAAGGAUCAUUAAUGGG